GGUCACACAGGCCACAAAUGAGGAAUGGCCGAUGCUUGGUGACACCGUUUGUCACCGCUCAGCGACUUGCAAAUCUUAGAAAUACACUAUGGAAUAGACAACAAAUUGCGUUUUCCACAACAACAGCCUCCUCAAGUACUUCUCCAAUUCAAGAAUCUUCAUCUCCAUUAUCAAUUCGAUUCGAAUACGGUCUUCCUCUACUAGAUGUUCCACUUCCGUCAAGAAAUGAGCCUUGCCAAUUCACAAUGCGACCGCUCAGUGACACAAUCGGAUCGCUCUGUGAAUUUUUGAGGCAAGAGGAUCGAGGCAUCGAUUAUGUCGCCGUGUAUGGAACGAAUGGAGUCAAACUUGCCACAUGCACUUCCAUUGAGCAUCUUCUUCAAUUCGGAUCUUUCCGGCUCCGUCUCAACGAUAAAUUCUUUGAUGUAACUGUUCCAAAGACGGGAACAAUGCCAUAUGAUAGUGAUAAACUCCGCCAACUCGACGAUCUUCGCGCAACGGUCGCUUCCCUCCACGCUGCUCUAUGCGUCGACGAGUACAAGCUUUCACGUGAAAAGAAGCUUCUCCUUCAACUGGAGAACGCCGAAACGCUUCUCGCACCAUUGCAUGAUGCGAAACGGAAGAUCGAACAAGAGUGUGAAGCUCACACGGAUCGAGUCAUGUGGGCAGGAUUUGCAGCGAUGGGAGUGCAAACUGGUCUAUUCGCACGGUUGACCUGGUGGGAGUAUUCUUGGGAUAUCAUGGAACCGGUCACAUAUUUUGCCACGUAUUCGACUGUUUGUGCGACUUUCGGAUACUAUUUAUAUACCCAACAAAGUUUCGAAUAUCCAUCUGCUCGGGAACGUGUCUACACUAAACAAUUCUACCGUCGAGCUCAAAAGCAAAACUUUGACAUUGAAAAAUACAAUCGCCUCGUCACUGAAGUAGACGAACUACGGAAUCAGCUGAAACGAAUGCGUGAUCCACUAUUCCAGCAUCUUCCCGUUAGCUAUUUAUCCAAUUUGGAAGCUGAAAAGUAAACAUCACCCAGAAACAGCAUUUCCCCCAUUUCAUCCCUAUUGCUUGUACAUUCUAGCCUGUUCAAUUGUAUCCAAAAUUUCGUGUUUUUUUUGUUUUCCCCCGAAUCCCCAAAUUCUCCUUCUCCAACAAAUAACUGUCUUUUUACAAAUUCUUGCCUUUUUUCCCCGAUUUCUCACACGCUUCAUAUUAGGUAAUUUACGAUGAAUACAGAGUAUAAUGAUU